AAGUGUUUGAUUAUAUGCAUGCAAUAUCCAAAGUGCAAAUCAUUUAGCUACAUGUUUCAUCACUCACAAUGCCGAAUACACCAUUCCACUAGAACUGACACUGGAAGUAACUUACAAAAGGAAAAUGGAUGGACACACUAUGAAACCAAUGAGAAUGCAACGAACGUCGGCCCUGUUUGUGAAGAAAGAAAACCAUGCAACUUCGGGAAAUGUGUGGAUACAUGUGAUGAUAAAGGCUACAAAUGUGAAUUUACCUGUUCGGGUAAGAACUACGAAAAAACAAUUAGAGUUGAAAUACACUCCGAGUUGAUUAAGUUAAGUGCCUUUCGAAAAAACAUUUGACAACAGAUUUUUGAAAACUAAAUGCUUGAUGAAA